AUGUUAGAUCAUAAACGAAAUCUAUCUUAAAAAAAUAUCAUUGUUGUUGUUACUUGUUAACAUAAACAAGUGAGCAUUGAGAUUUCUAUAGAUAGAAAUAUAGCUGAAUUGAUGAACAAAGUGAAUAUAUUAUUUUUAUUUAAUAGCUUCAUUAACAUCCAGAAAUACCUAAUGCAUAAUAGAUUGUGGCAUUAAGAACGGCAUCUCACUCUAUCACCAUAGAUUACCUAUUGUCAAUCCCCAAUGAAAGAGGUAAGCAUUCCAAUGAUAAAUGAGCCUAACUAUCUAUUGAUAAGAUUAAAUAAGAAAAUUUAAUUGCAGUCUAUGGAAAACCAUAAACUAAAUCAACAUUGACAUUAAGAGAUUUCAAAUUUGAAAAUUGUAUAGGAAAAGGAGGAACUUCUGAAGUUUAUUUGGUUAGACAUUACAUAUCUGGUAGAUUGUUUGCACUUAAAAUGAUAAAGAAAUAAUACAUAACCGAUUGUAGACGUUUAGAGUAAGUAUUAAGAGAAAAGAAAAUCUUAUCAUAAGUUAUGAAUUAAUCUAAAUUUGUAAUCCCAUUGUAUGCAACCUUUGCAAUUAAAGAUCACUUAUGUUUUCUAAUGGAAUAUUUACCUGGAGGUGAAAUGUUUUAUCAUCUUCAACAUUAUCAUUUCACAGAUGAAGAAGCAAGAUUAUAUAUUAGUGAAGUUAUUUGUGCAUUAGAAGACUUACAUCAACAUAAUAUCUUAUAUCGAGAUCUUAAAGUACACAUAUCUCAUUAUUAAAUUAGCCUGAAAAUAUCUUAAUUGAUAUUAAAGGUCAUAUAAAACUCACUGAUUUUGGACUCUCUAAACUUGAUUUGAAAGAUGAUCAACUUGCAAAUAGUUUUUGUGGAUCUCCUGAAUAUAUGCCACCUGAAGUAGUUAAUAGAUAAGGGUAUUCUUAUCCAGCUGAUUUCUAUACUUUGGGUUGCUUACUUUAUGAAUUACUUCUUGGUUUACCUCCUCAUUAUUCUUAAAAUACAGAAGAGAUCUUCUAUAAAAUCCAAAAUGAAGAAAUAACAUUUUCAGAUGAAUUAAAUUCUGAUGUUUUAUCUCUACUUUAGAAUUUGUUGGAGAAAGAUUAUAAUAAGAGAAUUCAUGAUUUUCAUACUCUAAAAAAAAAUCCUUGGUUUAUUACUAUUGAUUGGUCUGCUAUUAGGACUCAAUCUAUUAAAAAAAUGCCUAUAUCUUUUAAUUUGAAAGACACUAAUAUUCAUUAAGAAUUUUUACAAAUGGAUGUUAGCCAUUUAAAUUAAUAGAAUGAUGCUGGAGAAUUAAAUAGUUGUGAUGAUCUCUUUGAUUUUUUUUAUUUUGUUAAUGAUUAAUUAAAAGAUGUAUUUUAAUUCAAACCAAAAUUAAGAGUUUAAAGUGA